ACGUACUUUCCGUUUCCCGUGCACGUCGCAGGGCAGGCUGCGUACUGAGACACGUGAAGGUCAGGAAUUACGUUGUCCGGAGAGAUACCAGAUACCUUCCUUUAGCACUACUUAACGUUUAAAUAAAAGGACUCUGUGUGAGGCCAGUCACGAGAAUGAAUGGCCAAGGUGCGACGGCAGAUCCUCAGCUUCAGCAGUUUAUUGAAGUGGAGUCACAGAAACAGCGAUUUCAACAGCUUGUCCACCAGAUGACAGAAGUGUGUUGGGAAAAAUGCAUGGACAAACCAGGCCCAAAGCUGGACUCCAGGACAGAGGCGUGCUUUGUGAACUGUGUAGAGCGUUUCAUAGACACAAGCCAGUUCAUCCUCAACCGGCUGGAACAGACCCAGAGGAGUCGCGGGUCUUUCUCUGAGACCAUGUACGAGUAGCGCUGCCUCAACCACUGAACGGACAGAUGCAUAACAAACAGUUGCAGGCGGAAUGGGAAGCUUGUGUACUGUGGUGUGAGAAUGGCCAAGUAAUGGG